AUGGCAGCAGGCGCCAGGGCGCUGGACGUCUUGGCUGGCCAGGCUUCCGAGGGUCAAGGGGAGAUUAUCAAAGUAAAGGUUAAGGAAGAAGACCAUAGCUGGGAGCAGGAGUCCUGCCCACAGGGUACACUGUCUCAUAGCAGGGAACUCGCCCGUCAGCGCUUCAGGCAGUUCUGCUACCAGGAGACACCUGGGCCCAGGGAGGCGCUGGGCCGGCUCCGGGAGCUGUGUCGCCUGUGGCUGCGGCCCGAGACGCGCAGCAAGGAGCAGAUCCUGGAGCUGCUGGUGCUGGAGCAGUUCCUGACCAUCCUGCCCGGGGAGCUGCAGGCCUGGGUGCGGGGGCAGCGUCCCGAGAGCGGGGAGGAGGCGGUGCUGCUGCUGGAGGAUUUGGAGCGGGAACUGGAUGAACCUAGACAACAGGUCCCACAGGGCCCAUUUGGGCAGGAAGUUCCUAUGGAAGAAAUGGCCCCUCUGGAUGACACAAAGGAGCCCUUAGGUGCCCAGCCGCAGUCUUUGGAAGACAGGGCGGACUGUCAGUCUCCAGAGCCACACCCGCUUCAGGAUAAUGGGUCAUUUUUGUGGCUUUCCAUGAUGUCUCAAAGCAUGGGUGACGAUAACCUCAAUAGCUUGGAGCCUAGUGAAGCAGAAAUUGAACCAGAAAACAUGAGAGAAAAGUUCUUCACAAGCUUAGCAGUGCUACUAGAAAGCAAAAGUAAUAAUACCAAGAUAUUUUCUAAAGCCAAGUACCGUCAGUUAAUAAAAGAGGUAAAAGAGGCUAAAGCUAAGGCAAAAAAGGAAUCAGUUGACUACCGCCGCUUGGCUCGAUUUGAUGUGAUUCUGGUACAAGGAAAUGAGAAGCUGAUUGAAGCUAUAAGUGGGGAAACAGACCAAACACGGUAUUAUUUACACAGCGAGGACUUAUUUGACAUUCUGCACGAGACACACCUCCGUAUUGGACACGGUGGCCGUACCCGCAUGGAAAAAGAGUUACAAGCAAAAUACAAGAACAUCACAAAAGAAGUCAUUAUGCUGUACUUGACACUCUGCAAACCUUGCCAGCAGAAAAAUUCAAAACUCAAGAAAGUUCUUACUUCCAAGCCACUUAAGGAAGUUAACUCAAGAUGUCAAGUGGAUUUUAUAGACAUGCAAUUGAAUCCUGACGGCGAGUAUAAAUUUAUUAUGCAUUAUCAAGACCUUCGUACAAAGCUGAGUUUCCUGCGGUCAUUAAAAUCUAAAAGGCCUAAAGAAGUUGCACAUGCUCUGUUAGAUAUUUUUACAAUCACUGGUGUGCCCAGUGUCCUACAGUCUGACAGUGGGAGGGAGUUUUCAAGCCAGAUUGUUAGUGAACUCAGUGAUAUUUGGCCAGAAUUGAAAAUUGUCCAUGGAAAGUCUUCACCCUGCCAAAGCCAGCGUUCUCCCAAUCAGACUAAUGAGAAUAUCCAAAAUAGGAUUCUCUCCUGGAUGCAAACUAACAAUUCAUCACACUGGGCCGAACUUUUAUGGUUCCUUCAGAUGACCCAAAACCACAGAGGCAUGCAGCAGGCACCAGGUGAAGGUCCCUUUAGCUCUGAAGCUAAAUUGAGCCUGUCUCAUUCUCGGUUGACUGAAGAACUUGUUGCUAGUCCGAACACAGAAGAUGACUUAGAACAGGUCGACCAAGAGUUGGAAAAUACUCUAAGAGCCCAGUAUGAAGACAAUAUGGAGACCGGUACAGAGAGUAGUGACAUUGAAGAGAAUCUUUCUCUUCCUUCUCUGGUGGCCAACAGAAACCACCCUGAAAGCAGACUAAAAUGUUUAUCUUGUGUAGUCUGUCAAAAAGAGUGCACAGGUGCUAACAGUUGCAUGUCCGGUGAUUGGAAUGUCCACCCUGUGUGUGGUGUGUCCUCUCCACACGAGGGUGAGGGCUAUAGCCGCAGCAUAACUUGCAGUCUCUGCUGUGAGACCACUGCUGUUAAGAGGAAGCAAAGUGAGAGUCAGAGCUUGAAUGCUCAACCUUCAAAACUGCUGAAGUCAUCAGAGACGCCUUUAUCAUCCAACAAAGCAGGAGACUGGAUGGCCAGACAAACUUCACUGGACUUCUUUGUCAAGAAAAGACACACUUUCUCUGAAUACAGAGGCAGUGGUAAAAGAAAUGGUAACAAUGGGAGUCAUCCUGAAGAAACGAAAACCAAAAGAGUUCAUACUACCUUCAUGCGGAAGUAUGAUCCUUCCUAUAUCGAGUUUGGUUUCGUGGCCAUAAUUGAUGGCAAAGUUCUAAAACCACAGUGCAUUAUUUGUGGGGACGUCCUGGCUAAUGAAGCGAUGAAACCAUCAAAACUGAAGCGGCAUUUGUAUUCACAACAUAAAGAAAUAAGCUCCCAACCGAAAGAAUUCUUUGAAAGAAAGAGUAGUGAAUUAAAAAGCCCACCAAAGCAGGUGUUCAAUGUUUCUCCUAUCAACAUUAGCGCUUUGCGGGCAUCUUACAAAGUAGCACUUCCGGUCGCCAAGUCUAAGACGCCCUACACAAUUGCAGAGACGCUGGUGAAAGACUGCAUCAGAGAAGUCUGCUUAGAGAUGCUGGGUGAGUCCGCAGCCAAGAAGGUGGCCCAAGUACCGCUUUCCAAUGACACCAUCGCUCGACGCAUCCAGGAACUGGCUAAUGACAUGGAAGACCAGCUCAUCGAACAAAUAAAACUAGCCAAGUACUUUUCAUUGCAACUGGAUGAAUGCAGAGAGAUCGCCAACAUGAUCGUUCUUUUAGUGUACGUGAGGUUCGAACACGAUGACGACAUAAAGGAAGAAUUCUUCUUUUCCGCCUCUUUGCCAACAAACACAACUAACUCAGAACUGUAUGAAGCUGUGAAGAAUUACAUUGUCAACAAGUGUGGUCUGGAAUUUAAGUUUUGUGUGGGCGUGUGUUCCGAUGGUGCUGCGUCAAUGACAGGAAGGCACUCUGAGGUGGUCACCCAGAUUAAGGCACUUGCACCACAAUGUAAAAUAACUCAUUGCUUCAUUCACCGGGAAAGUCUUGUGAUGAAAAAGGUAUCAGCUGAACUAAAUAGUGUGCUUAUGGACAUAGUAAAAAUUGUGAAUUAUGUGAAAUCGAAUGCAUUAAAUUCAAGGUUAUUCUCUCUACUGUGUGAUAAUAUGGAAACUGAUCAUAAGCAACUGCUUUUGCACACUGAGAUGUGGUGGCUGUCACAAGGAAAGGUUCUGUCGAGAAUGUUUGAAAUACGAAAAGAACUGUCACUGUUCCUGCAGAGCAAAAAACCAGUUUGGUCCCAGCUGUUUAGAGAUAGGAAAUGGACUGCCAGCCUUGCUUACUUAUCUGACAUCUUCAGUGUUUUUAAUGAUCUGAACGUGUCCAUGCAAGGGAAGAAUGCUACCUGUUUCUCAAUGGCAGAUAAAAUUGAAGGACAAAAGCAGAAACUAGAAGCUUGGAGAAAGAGAGUUUCCGCGGAUUGUUAUGACAUGUUCCAUAAUCUGACGACACUUAUCAAUGAAAUUGGUGAUGAUCUUGACAUAGCACACCUGCGAGCAGUUAUCAGUGAGCAUCUCACAAAUUUGUUAGAUUGUUUCGAAUGUUAUUUUGCAUCAAAAGAAGAUCCACGCAUUGGAAAUGCAUGGAUCCAAAAUCCAUUUCUUUCAUCAAAAGAUAAUUUAAAUUUAACUGCAAGUCUACAGAAUGAGCUGUUGAGGCUGGCUACUGAUGAAGGAUUAAAAACGAAUUUUGACAAUUCAGCAUCACUUGCUUCCUUUUGGAUAAAAGUUAAGAGUGAAUACCCUGAACUUGCUGCGAUUGCUUUAAAAUCUCUUCUUUUGUUCCCCUCAACGUACCUCUGUGAGACUGGGGAUAGACUACUGUGA